AUGAGAUGGUCUUCUGAAGCUCUUAUGGUAAAUGAGUAUAAUGACUUGGGAAUGCAUUGCCAGCAUUGUACAGAUUGCAAGAAGUGCGAUGUUCUAAGGGAAUAUGAUUUUACUAGAAGUAUUGGAGAAGAUGUCUUGUAUCUCUGCAUUCUUAUGGUGGGAUAUAGAGUUAUUGCCUAUUUGCUGCUUUGGAAAAGAGCUGUUAAUUCUCGUAAAUAA